AUGACUGCUCACACCUACACAAACGGCAAGAGCAGACUCACAUGGCGCAGCACUGGGCCGCAGGACGACUCCAACAAUUUUGCAGUCGGACCGGAUAUACCACCACUUGACAACAACACUGCUCUUCGUCCAACCCUGCCGCCCCAACCAAAGCUGCCGUAG